AUGUCAUUCAAGGAAUUAUUAAUCGAAAUUGGUCCAGAAAAUUUAUUACCAGAAAAAUUGUUACCAAGCUUAUUGCAGAUUAAACCAAACGAAAUUGAUCAAGGCAUAGCAUUAAUAUUAGCUGAAAUAUUAAUACCUGGGUCUCAAGGGUUAUCCCAAGGAUUGACUUUUGCCAGUAGCUUACCAGGUUCAAACGCCAAAGGUGCUCAAUUACAAGCAUGUUUCAAAUCUAUCGAGAGUUCCGGAAAAUUCAAUGUCAACUGGUACGAAGUGUUUAAUCACGUGCAUCAAUAUUUAUUUGACUCGUCACAAAGAGAUAUCCAACCAUCAGUUGGCAGCAUUACCCAAUUCUUAUCGUCAUUAGAUUUCAAGCAAGAACCAAUAGAUAUAUUUUUGAAUUACGAAUGGUGGUUCAAUAAAACAUUGUUGUAUAUCUUGCACUCACUGGAUGCAUCGCAGGGUGGUUAUGAUAUAUCGUUGCUGCCUAAUUUAGCUUACUGUUUUGAGGAAGACAAAAACACCCCCCAAACUAGAAGGAACAUUUUGAAGUUUAUCAAUGUCGGUAAACUAGAAAUUCAAGUAAUAACCAAAAUACAACAGCAACAGCAACAGCAACACCAAUUGAGUGAACAGGAUAAAAAACUAAACACUUUUUUAAACCAAUUAUUCGAGCAUGAUUAUCGUGUGUUCCCCGAGUAUAUUUUGGCUGCAGCAUUAACUGUCGUUGAGAAAUCCCAAUUUAUAAAUGACUUGAUUGAUACCUUGUUUUAUUUGUUGGUAGAUAGCGCAAGUCCUUCGUUGCCCAAAGUAGUACGUUUGCUUAAGGAAUCAGGGCUUGCAGCCGUUAAAUUAGCUGACUACUACAAGAGCAGAAAAACCAUUGCUGCAGCUGAUAAAGUGUUGACCUUAGCAUCCAGUUUUGAGUUAACCCAAGAAAUAUUGGAUAUAUUUUGGGCGUUUGACCUGAAAAUUGCUAUCAAGCUUUUGGUAGAAUCAAGUCUUUUCGGAUACGACUACAAAUCUGUUAUUGAAUCCAAGCUCAAGGAUCCACAAGCCAAAACAUCCAUUUAUCAAGCAUUGUGCGAAGCAUUGGACGAGCGUGCUCAAAAAGAUUAUGAAAGGGGCCAGCAGGUUCAGCAAGCACAACAACUUCAACAACAACAAGCGCUCCCACCUCAUCAAGUUUUAAAAAUCCCCACUGUUUAUUAUUUGCUCGAAAAAAUAAAAUCAAGCAAUGGGGUUAUUGAUGCUAAGACAUUGAGAAACCUUCAAUUGUUGUUGUUGACAACUUAUCCAAGAUUAAUUAAUUUUGGAAAUGGUCAUGAUGAAGCCAUUUUAGCCAACGAGGAGAAAUCUCCUUUUUUCCCACCUACCGUUGAGAUGGAAAUGAAAGCUUACUACUCUAAAAUGUAUAACAAAGAGCUUGAGAUCAAAGAGAUUGUUGAUAUGUUGACUCAAAUGAAGGCAAGUGACGAUCUCCACAGUCAAGAUGUCUUUGCAUGCAUGAUACACUCGUUACUAGACGAGUAUAAAUUUUUCUCCGAAUAUCCGUUGUCAGCGUUGGCUUCGACAUCUUUGUUGUUUGGGGCGCUUUUAGAAAAAGAUUUGAUUCAAGGUACAACCUUGACUGUUGCAUUAAAUUUCAUUUGGGAAUCCUGUAAUCAACCACAAGAUUCACAUUUGUUCAAAUUUGCCGUGCAAUCAUUGUACAACUUCAAAUCAAGGUUGCAUGAAUAUCCAAUUUAUUGCAAACAUUUGUUGGAAUGUCGUUCAUUAUCUGCCCACGCUAAGAUGUACCAGAUAGUAAAGGAUGCAGCUAAUGGUAUACCAUGCGCCACUGGUGCAGCUCCUACCCAAACUAAUACACCAGAGGUUGGUCCAAAAUAUCAGUCCAUUAAUUAUGUUGACAGAACUAUUGGUUAUGCAACCCAAGAGGGACCGCCAGAGUCCAUCAGAGAUAAGUUGUUAUUCAGUGUUAACAAUAUGACAGGUGAAAAUCUUAGAUUAUCCGAAAUCCAAGAGGUAUUGACUGAGAGCUAUUUUGCGUGGUUUUCAGACUACUUGGUGUCGGACAGAGCCAAGGCAGAGCCAAACAACCAUGAAUUAUAUUCCACGUUGGUCAAGUCGUUGGGCAACCCAAUAUUUUUUGAGUAUAUUUUGAAUGUUUCUUUGAAAGAGGUUGAUCAUAUCAUUCGUAAUUUUAAAGAUUCAAGAAGUGAAAGAAACCAAUUGAAGAAUUUAGGUGCUUGGUUAGGAAGAAUCACAUUAGCCAACGACAAACCAUUGAGGAGAGAUUAUAUUGCAUUAAAGUUCUUGUUAGUGGAGGCAUAUGAUUUCAACUCAUUGCCAUUGAUUCUUCCCUUUGUGUGUAAAAUCUUGGAUCAGGCUCAAUAUUCAAAAGUGUUCAAACCACCAAACCCUUGGGUUGUUGGGGUUAUGAAGGUUUUAUCUGAGUUGUAUGAAUGUGCAGACUUGAAAUUACAAUUAAAAUUUGAAAUUGAAGUGUUGUUGAAUUCAUUCAACAUGAAGAUAAAAGAUAUUGAACAAAGUACUAUUAUUAGAAACCACAACCCUGAACCAGCUGCAUUGGCGAGAAUGUUUGGUAUCAGUUCACAAUCAGUGAAUUUGGCUAAUGAAAUGACAAAAUUGUCUUUAGAAGGUUCGCAAUUGGCUAACAACAUGCAAGCACCAUUCCCACAACAAAUAAUUGAAUCUAAACAGUUCCCGGGAAUUUCCCAACCGCAGAUGCAAAAUGUUUUACAGCAACAACAAAAUUUACCACCACAGCAACAGCUUCAAGGACAGUUACCACCACAGCAACAAGCAGAACCUGCGUUGGAUACCAGCUUCAGCACUUUAAUUGGGAAUUCCAUUUUCACCCAGCAUGCAAAUUUGCGAAGAGCAUUCCAAGCAUCUUUAUCUCGUGCUGUUAGGGAAUGUACUCCACACAUUUGUAACAAAGUUGUGGAAACUGUUGUUACUACUACCAAAGCUUUAAUAACUAAGGAUUUUGCCACAGAACGUGAUGUUGAGAAAUUGCGUAACAGUUAUCACAAAUUGGCAUUGCUGUUAUCUCAUGCAAUGGUGUCAUGCAAUGGAAGAAAAGCAUUGGUAGAAACCAUUGAGGCUACUAUGUUGCAGUUGUUGGGAAACAAUCCAAAUGAAGUUCCUCUAGCUGAAUUGAAUAAUGCCAUUCAAGCUAAUGUUGGCUUAUGUGUUGAUAUUGUUGAUGUGUUGGUCGGGGAAAGUAUUCUUGAUUUGAUAGAGGCAAGAAUGCAGACAGAGGUAUUUUUGCGUGAACAUCAUAAUGCCACAGUUCCAAAUGAACCGUUUAUUGAAGAAGGGGCUAGUGAGUACUCGUUGAGAUUACCAAAUCCAUUAGGGUUAGCGCCUACUGGAUUGAGUACACAACAAUUGAAGAUUUAUGAACAUUUCGGAGAAACAAGAGUGGAUCAAAUUGUACCCCCUCCAGGAAGUGCAGCUAUAACACAACAGCAACCACAAUCAUUGGCACCAUUACAACAACAAUCACAAGCGCCAGCUGGUGUAGGGGUAGGAGCAGUAGCACCACCACCACAACAACAGAAAGAACGUGUUGUUGCGCAAGCACAAGGUGUUCCUGAUGAUAUUGUUUCCUUUGAACAAUUGUUUGCUGCUAUUACUGCCAAUUGUGACAAAGCAGUUCAACUUGUUUCUGAAGUCACAGAAACCAAAUUAGCAGAUUUGCCACCAAACCAUUCCAUUAUGGCAGCAUUGACUCAAGCUUUAGUUAUUGCACAAAGCAAUGCCAUAAAAUAUCCUGAGUUGUUAUUAAAGGCUGCACAAUAUGCAGUUAACUGUUUGUUUACCCAGGCGCAUGAAAACCCAAUGAGUAAUGAGAUUUAUGUUGUUAUUUUGGAUAAAUUGUGUGAAUAUUCGCCUUCUACAGCCAAGGAUGUUAUCUGGUGGCUUGUACACUCAUCUGAUCAACGUAAGUUUAACAUGCCAGUUAUGCUUUCAUUAUUAAAGGUUCAAUUGAUCCAACCAAUUAAAUUAGAUUUAUCCAUUGGGAAGUUGAUUAAAGAGACAAACAAUCCGGUUGUGGUAAAGUUUGCAGCUAGUUUGUUGACCAAUAUUUUCACAUCAGAGGAUAUGCGUCCUAUUGCGUUACGAUCAGAGUUUGCUAAUACAUUAGAUGCCUUAUCUAAAUACCAAGGAAAUGAUCAAAGCGAUGAACAUAGACAAGCAAAGGAAGCAACUAGUACAUUGUUCAAACUCUUGAAUGAGGCAGCACCAGCGUCAAACCAAUUAUUUGCCCAAUUGGGUUAUAUAUUUGCUGAAUGGGUAAGAUUGUUGACUCAUGGAGACGAGGCAACACAUGAAUUGCAGAUUGAGUUUGUCAAGGGAUUGAUUCAAGCAGGUAUACUCAAUAAUCCUGAAUAUGUAAAGACUUUUUUCAAGGCAGCUAUUGAGAUUUCCAUCACUUCGUUUGCCACUGAACAUGAGUUACGUUCAAGAACUCAACAUGAAACGUACCUUGCUGUUGAUACUUUGGCUAUGUUGAUUGUUCGAAUUGUUUUAUUGAUUGAAGAUUCUAAGCAGGCCAUUGACUAUUUGAAGAAAGUGUUGGGAAUAAUCAUUUUGAAUUUAAUUAAUGACCAUGAGACUUCAAAGGCUAAUUGGAAUGAACGUGCGUAUUUCAGAUUUUUCUCAUCUUUGUUAUCGACAUGGUGUGAUGCUUCAGUUUUGGAUGAAGAAGCUACUGUUAAUUUAGAUGUUGAAUUUUAUAAUUAUCUUGGUGAAUUAUUCAAUGCCUUGCAACCAAUUGUUAUACCUGGAUUUACCUUUGCUUGGAUUUCAUUGAUUUCGCAUCGUAUGUAUUUGCCCAAGCUAUUGGAAUUACCAGAGAGAAAAGGAUAUUCAACAUUGGUCAAGUUGUUGAGUUCGGCUUUGAAAUUCCAACAAGUUUAUGGUAACAAGCAAUCAUCGAGACAACACGAACAUGAGCAUGAACAAGAACAAGAGCAUGAACAGAAAGAUGAGAAAGAGAAACAAGAAAACUCACAACAAGGACCUGAUGUGAUCAAUGUAACCUACAAGGCUAUUAACAGAAUUUUCAUUGGUAUUUUACAUGAUUUCCCUGAAUUUUUAGUAGAAUGCCAUUAUCAAUUAGUGACUAAUAUUCCGAGGGGAUACAUUCAAUUAAGAAAUAUUGUUUUAUCGGCUACUCCCAAAGAUAUCCAUGUACCAGAUCCUUUCACUCAAGGGUUAAAAGUUGAAAGAUUACCUGAGAUCAAUGAAUCACCAGUAGUAUUUUAUAAACCAAUUGAAGAUUUGAGUAAAGUUGGAUUGAAGAAACCGGUUGAGAACUUUUUGAGAAUUCCUGCGCCAGGAUUGAUGAGAACCAUUUAUAAUGGAUUAAAAUUGAAUCAACCUAAAGAGGUUAAUGAUUUGGGAUAUGAAGAAACAAUUCAUUUCAAUAUAAAGUUGAUCAAUGCGUUAGUGUUGCAUGUUGGAAUAUCCAGUGUUGCUGAUAGAUUACCGAACAACCGAGGAUUUAACACCAAAUCAUCACAAGUGGCACUAUUAGUUGAUUUAAUGAAUUAUGGAAACACUGAAUUCAAGUAUCAUUUGAUCAAUGCUAUUGCUAAUCAAUUGAGAUAUCCAAAUAGCCAUACCCAUUGGUUCAUUGGUAUUAUCUUACAUUUCUUCAGUAAUAACAAUAUUUGGAACAGUAAUAGCAAUAAGUUGGUUGUACAAGAGAUUAUCACCAGAGUUUUAUUGGAAAGAAGAAUUAGCAAUAAACCACAUCCUUGGGGAUUAACUAUUUUAUUUACCGAAUUGGUUAAAAAUGGGGAUUACGGAUUUUUUGAAUUACCAUUUGUCAAAGAUUCAGUUGAAGAGGUGAAGAAUAUUUUCAAUGUUUUAAGUGUCAAUGUUAAAGGGUCAACUCCUUAG